GCCGGCCGGGAGCUGGUGGGGACCCUCUGACUCCGACCCCUCCGCUGGGCUGCCCCUGCCCCUGCCUCUGCCUCUGCCUCUGCCAGGAAUUAAACUCCCUGCUUCGCAGCCUCUGCGGAAUGAAUCAGGGCACCCCCAAACGGAGGCCUUGUGGUUCCUGCUUUCACAGAUCCAAAGCAGUAACCCAUCCCACCUGCGGGCUGACCCACGAGGCCCACAGGAAAGAAGUGGAGCAGGUGUACCUGCGCUGCUCGGCGGGCGCUGUGGAGUGGAUGUACCCGACAGGUGCUCUCAGCGUCAACCUGCGACCCAACGUUGUCUCGCCCUCCCGCCCCCUGACUCUGUGCAUCAAGCCCCUUGGGGACUCCUCUGGGGCCAAUAUUUAUUUGGAGAAAACUGGAGCGCUGAAACUGCUGUUCCGGGACGGGGACCACGGGCCUGGCCAGGUGCGCUGCUUCGGCUUCCAGCAGGGCAGCCUGUUCGUGGAGGCGACGCCCCAGCAGGACAUCCGCCGGAGGACCACGGGCUUCCAGUACGAGCUGAGCAGCCGGCCCACCGGCUCAGAUCUGCACGCUCUGUCAGCUCCCUGCCGGCCCUGCAGUGACACGGAGGUGCUCCUGGCAGUCUGCACCAGUGACUUCGUGGUCCGAGGAGCCAUCCAGGACGUCACCCACGCCCCUGAGCGGCAGGAGUCGGCCAUCCACCUGCGCGUGAGCCGCAUCUACCGGCAGAAGAGCAGGGUGUUCCGUGCGUUCCUCUUCACGGGACACAUGCACUUUGGGGAGGCCCGGCUCGGCUGCGCCCCACGCCUAGAGGACUUCCAGCGGAUGUACCAGGACGCAGAGGCGAGGGGGCUGAACCCCUGCGAGAUGGCUGUGGAGUGACAGCGGGGUGGCUGUGGGGUGACCGAAUUAUUGGGGUGGACGCCUGGCGAUCACGUGUGAAGUCUGAUGCACGAGGUUCCGGCCAAGGAGACCCCAACCGAUUGGUUGGAAAUGCUGUAAAAUGCAAACUAAGUUAUUAUAUUUUUUUUAAAAAAAGAAAUGCCCAUAGGAAACA